GGAGGCGGAGCCUGGUUUAUGUUGUGUAGCCGCGCUGAGACUCUCUCAUUCAUCAGCGAAAUGGCGGAGACCGCGGACAGGAUGGAGGUGUCACAGGGAGAGAGCUCGGAGAAGCCUGCUGCUGAGGACAUGACGUCCAAGGAUUACUACUUUGACUCCUACGCUCACUUUGGCAUCCACGAGGAGAUGCUAAAGGAUGAAGUACGCACCCUCACCUACAGAAACUCCAUGUUCCACAACAAGCACCUGUUCAAGGACAAGGUGGUGCUGGACGUGGGCAGCGGUACCGGCAUCCUGUGUAUGUUUGCAGCCAAGGCGGGGGCCAAGAAAGUCAUUGGCAUUGAGUGCAGCAGCAUAUCUGACUAUGCAGUGAAGAUCGUCAAGGCUAACAAGCUGGAUCACAUUGUAACCAUUAUAAAGGGUAAGGUGGAGGAGGUGGAGCUCCCAGUGGAACGUGUAGACAUCAUCAUCUCUGAGUGGAUGGGUUACUGUCUGUUCUACGAGUCCAUGCUCAACACAGUCAUCUACGCCCGGGACAAGUGGCUGAAACCAGACGGACUGAUUUUCCCUGACAGAGCCACGCUCUACAUCACUGCUAUCGAGGAUCGGCAGUACAAGGAUUAUAAAAUCCACUGGUGGGAGAACGUGUAUGGCUUUGACAUGUCCUGCAUUAAGGAGGUGGCCAUUAAGGAGCCGCUGGUGGAUGUGGUGGACCCCAAACAGCUCGUCACCAGCUCCUGUCUCAUCAAGGAGGUGGAUAUCUACACAGUGAAGAUUGAGGACUUGUCCUUCACCUCGCCCUUCUGCAUGCAGGUGAAGAGGAACGACUACAUCCACGCUCUGGUCACCUACUUCAACAUCGAGUUCACGCGCUGCCACAAGAGAACCGGCUUUUCCACCAGUCCGGAGUCUCCCUACACCCACUGGAAGCAGACAGUGUUUUACCUGGAUGAUUAUCUGACCGUGAAGACCGGAGAGGAGAUCUUUGGCACCAUCAGCAUGAAGCCCAACGUCAAGAACAACAGAGACCUGGACUUCACUGUAGACAUCGACUUCAAGGGUCAGCUCUGUGAGAUGUCUAAGACCUCGGAGUACAGGAUGCGCUAAACCUCAAUGUGUGUGUGUGGGGGCUGUCAGGGGGAAAUCAGUGCAUGUUUGGGGUGUGUGUGUCCCUCAUUCCUUUUAGAGUGAGCUCUCGUGCUGAUGGAGAUCACUAAAGGACUUUUACACACCUGGAGUUUCUAUACAAUAACGACGCAGAUGCGUUUUUGUUGUGCAAUAUACACACGCACACACGCAGCAUUUGUUUUAUCUUAUGGGUUUUUCUUUUUUUGUACCAGAAUUUUUCAGCCAGUAACAGGCAUCUAAGCAUAUGUAUACACACACACACACACACGAAACGUGCACUGGCUCCCUCUCGCCUGUACAUAGUGUUCAUGUUCAGCCACUUUAACCUGUUGUGCAGUCAUGGAUCCUGUUGUCAUGGCAACACACCUGUCCCGUUUGAUUUCUAGCGUGUAGUUGGGUAAGAAGGGCCUCCUGUGACGGUUUGGUUGUUCCUCUCCACCUGCGUGUGUCUGUGUGUCUGGGGAAAAUGCAAGUCGAUCAUUGGUGUAUUUUUGAAAUUCCAUUUACUAAUCCACCACCUUUUUUUUUUUUUUUUUUUUUUUUUAUGAAUUCAGGCUGCGGUUCGGAGCCUGAGCCCGGCUCUGUGAUUGGCUGAGUGUUAAAGUGUGCUCACUAGAGGGCGCUUUGAUAACGGUUCACCUGGGUAUUAUUUUCCCAGUCAGUUUUUAUAUCCAGCUUUCUUUUGGGUGCGAGAAAAACCUGAAGGUGCAGAUGUCAUACUAAUAAUGUUUUAGUCCUUUCGCUGUUACAAAACAAACUGUGACGCUUCAGCGGCUGCUUUGAGCACCCGAAUACUGAGCCUGCGUCCUGACGGGGGUCGUACCGCCUCGUGUUGGGGUUUAACUCCUCCUCCUUGUGUGUGUCGAGAAUCGACUGCUUCCUCAAUCAGUGUUGGAGAACCGUAAAUAACUGAACUGGGCUCAGCGUCUGAUAGCGCCUGUUAGUUUUAAUAACUGUAGUGUAAUCACAGGCGUGUGAAAGCAAACCAGUCCUAAGUGUGUUGAGCUUCAGUUUGUAUUCAUCACUGCUCCGGCCUUCAGACGGCCAAACUGUCCAUUAGAACUGUUUUUUUUUUUUUUUCUGCAUUUUUUUUU